UAUUAAAAAGUGAAUUUUCUCUUUGGUGGACAGUUGGUCAUACACAAGAUCAAACGAAAUAAAUAAUGUUUUAUUUAAUAUUUUGUUGAAUUGAAAUGUGUUAUAAAGUGAAAUUAUAAAAUGUAUUCGCAAAUUUUAUGAAUAACUAUAAAAAUUAUAUACUGUUCAGUCAAUAAUUACCGAAAUGGCAGUUUGUGGGCUAAGGACGUUAUUGUUGAUCGUCUGUAUUUUGGAAUUGAUCAUAACAGUACAGCGGCAAGUUUUUGAUUUCCUGGGUUAUAUGUGGCUGCCUAUUAUAGCAAACUUUACAAAUAUCCUGUUGAUUAUAUUUGGAUCAUUUGGAGCGGUUCAGUACAUAACGAAGUAUCUUUUAGCAUACGCCAUCUGGAGUUUUAUGUGGCUGGUGUGGAACAUAUUCCUAAUUUGUUAUUAUCUGAAUCUGGGCACUUUGAACAGGGACAGCGGUUUACUAUCACUGGGUACAGGCAGUGUCAGUUGGUGGGAGAGCAAUGGUUGGGGCUGUCAGCCAGUUUGGGAUGAAGUGGAUGGACCAGGCACAUGGAGGCCCACACGAGUGGAAGGCUGCUUCAUGCAGUGGGAUCAUGUUGAACUGGGACAAUCAGCCGUUGCUGCUACCCUAGCAGCCACUGCAUUACCCUUAGCUGUAGUCUUGGCCUUCAGAUCUUUUAAGAAACAAAAACCAGCUGCAGAUAAAGGAACCAUUUCCCGUCGUCCAGUGUACACAAUAGAACUGAGCCCUACUGAAACAAACAUCAGCGAAACUUCAAUGAAACCAAUGACUCCACGACGAGUCAAACGUCGAUCAGGUUCUCGAGGAAACAACUCGUCAGUGCGUAGAUCACGUCGUUCCUAUAGGAAUGCUGGAUAUUUAUCAUCAAAUGCUUCACUACCUCGUGAAUCAAGAGCGUCCCGUCCCACAUCAGCGCACUCGUCAUAUUCCAAUUUCCACGCGGCGCGCCCCGUUUCAUAUCACGCUCCAGAAAGGGAAAACUUUCCUUGUGUAGAUGAUGGUUACAAUGAUCCCCCACCUCCAGUCGAGUCUGUUCCUAUAGUAACUAAUAAUAGGUAUAAUACCAUUGGACGUAGCAGUAUGAAGUCUGGCUACGACGUCGUUGGCCCAUACAACGAGCCAAACCCACAGAGGAAAUACGAACAAAACAUUCCAUCGUACGAUAAUAUUGAACGAAACUAUGAAGCCGCCCCGACUUACGACAAUAGAGCGGACAAUGUAACGCCUUGCGAGUCUCCGUCAUAUGUAUGUGGUGGAGCGUAUGGCGAUGGUGCGUGGCAGACGCCGCCACCUCCUGCACCGCCCUACAGUGCCCGAGCCACACCACAGGCGCCCGGUCCACCCGCCUACCAGGCGGCUAAUGAUCACUAUAACAUGAAUUUAGGACCAUAAUAUCGUAAAAACUUGCAGAGUACUUAAGUGCCUUAUUGCGGUGAUGUUAUUUACUAGUUGACACAGAAACAUUAGUGGCCUAUUUGCACCAUUUCUGGAAAUAACACAAAAAUUUCAAAUCAAUUUACCUAUUGUGUGAUGUUUUUCCAGUAGAAAAAUGGAGGCGGAGCCUUAAAUAUUAUUUUAAGUUCUGAUUUAUUUUUAAGAAUAUCGAAAGUAAUUGCCAUUAAGUGGUGUGUCUAUGAAUGUAUGAAGUGUAUGCAAUGAAACGUGAAUGUGAUUUUAUACGAAUUACUCUAGUUUUGAAAUUGUUUCGAAAUGAUUUAAAUUGGGUUUAGGCGAGUAUAUUUUAAGUCAUUGUUAUUAUUUUAUCAAGAUGUUAGCUUUAACGGAACUGUUAGUGUUAAGUUUCUGCCAGAAAUAGGUUAGUUAAUAAAUAAAAUACCAUAAGAAUAUUGUCGUAGAGAUCUGAGAACAGUACCCUUAGUACAAGUUUGCUUUACGUUGAAUGAAAACGACACGAGAUCGCGUUCGGCGCUCUUAUUGGCCGGUGCGAACGAACCAACCAAUUAGAGCGUCAGACGCGCUCUCGUUUCGAUCCCGUUAAACGUAAAUCAAACUCUUACUAAACCCUCAAGAUUUUUCACUAGCUCAAUGAUGUUAGGCCUACACAUGUGUGAAGUUUUUGCUCAGUGAAGUACUUAUUUAUAUACAAUAGUGUGCACAACGAAUAUAUAUUUGUGUAGCCUGUAGGUACUAAAGUUGUCUCUCUAACAUUCCAGUGGCAAACAUUCCUGACGAGAUAUAGUGUAGCUCUCAAUAGUGUAUAAAAAUACUGAUAAUAAUCUCAUUACAUUCCUAAUAAGAAAUUAUUAACUUGUAAUUGGAAUUUGUAUUACACAUCCGUCCAGUUUAGUGUAAACAAGAAUCUCGUGAUUACUUUUGUAUCAUCUUUAGAUCGAAUUUGUGCAGCUAAGAUUAAAAUCAUAUUUGAUGUAACUAUGGACCAAUAUUGUACCUAGCAAUUAAUUAGAUUACAACGAGCUUUAUUAGGUUAAGCAAAUAAGUUAUAGGGUUGUAUUUGAACCAGAUGAUCUGGUAAUUUUUAUACCAAAUAUACACCUACAAAGGAA